GCUCUCCAGACACCUUUUGGGGAAAGGCAGACGGCUGCUGGGAGCACUCAGGAUCAGCCUUCAGUGAACCAUGGGGCUCAGUGAUCAGGAAUGGCAGCAGGUCCUGACCGUCUGGGGGAAGGUGGAGUCUGACAUUGCCGGCCAUGGGCAUGAAAUUUUAAUGAGACUCUUUCAGGACCACCCUGAGACCCUGGAUAAAUUUGAAAGGUUCAAAGGCCUGAAGACCCCUGAUCAGAUGAAGGGUUCUGAAGACCUGAAGAAACAUGGAGCUACAGUCCUUACUCAGCUGGGCAAAAUCCUGAAGCUGAAGGGUAGUCAUGAGGCAGAGUUGAAGCCCCUGGCUCAAACCCAUGCGACCAAGCAUAAAAUCCCUGUCAAAUAUCUGGAGUUCAUUUCUGAAGUCAUUAUCAAGGUCCUUGCUGAAAAACACGCUGCAGACUUUGGGGCUGAUGCCCAGGCUGCAAUGAAGAAGGCGCUGGAGAUGUUCCGAAAUGACAUGGCCAGCAAGUACAAGGAGUUCGGUUUCCAGGGUUAGCACCCACGCACAGAGGAGCAUCACGGUGGAGGCCUGCCCGUGCAUCUUAGAGUAGCUUCCCCAGCACUGUUUUGGACUUCUCAUAAUCUGCUGUCCAACAUGUGUGGGAAAGUUUUGAUGAGAGGCCAAGAGUCGCUCUGGGCAGCAUAGAGGCACUCAGAGCGAUAUCCAUGACAAACCGGUGUUUCCUGGCUUCAUGUGUACCAGAGAAAUAAUCUGCUUUCUUAGGAAAAAUAAAAGGGUUAUCUGUGAGCUUCUGCCUAUCCUAUCCCCCCCCCUUUUUUUUUUCUUCCUCCCUGAGACUCAGUCUCAUCUGAGAGGUGAAUGGAAUGGCCAGAGAUGAAGGGAUAUGGAGGAAUAAGGGCAAUGUUGAGGAGCGUGGUGAAUGGGAGUGUGAAGGGAUGACUCAAAUGGUAUGAAAGGGAUAUCAGGAUGGGGAGCAGGAGCACAGCUUCCUAUUCCUCCCACAGGUGAGACUGUUGGCAGGUUAGUGUGGGAAGCUUCCAGUACACUAUUACCUUGCUCCAUGAGGGUGAACACAGUCAGUCACUAGGGUCUGCCAGCUCAGAAACUUUGGCAAAAACUCACAUCAGCAAAACUAUAGAGAAGUGCUUCCUGUGGCUUUCUGGUAGCCACCGCUACGCAUCUGAAGUUCUGUUACACUGGGAAGCGAAGUAUGUGUGUCUCAGAAAAUAAAAAUACAU